CAGUGAAGCAAGAUGUGUGUAGCAGAUGAGUCGUCGGUUUUCUUUUGUCGUCAUCCUUGUACAGAGAAGUGAGAGGUGUGGCCUCAGCAUUGUGCGGAAGAAGAACCAAAAAGACCAGAAAGACCAGACUGUCUUUGUUCAGUUUACAAGAAAGAAAAGAUAUUUGAAUACACCCAUUGUUACGUUAGUGAGGAAGAGGGAGAGUGAAAGACAAGUGUGGUGCUGGUGUACUCUCUACAUGUACAAGGAACCAAGCCGUCAUCCUUACGUCAACAAUUCCCAGUGGACCAUUUCUGGUGUGAUGACAAAGGUGUUGGUUAUACAUGUAUCUUUUUGGACAACAGAUUGACAAGACAACAAUGUCAACCACACUAUCCACCAGAACCUUUUAUCCAAUGAGCAUAGUUGUUGUAGGUCUUCUGUGCUCAGUGUUAGCAUUUUUCAUUUACUUUGACCCUGAACAUUCUGAAUGUGCAUCCAGACAGCUUUCCUUGCAACAGGACAAUGGUUUAUUGUAUACUGAGAAGAAAGACAAACCCCUAGUGCUUCUGUGGUUCUGGCCACUUGGACGAACAUUUGACUUUAAUGACUGUAAAAAAUACUACAACAUUGAUAGUUGUGAGUUGACAGCCAACAGAUCCCUGUAUAAUAGAGCUGAUGGGGUCAUUGUGUUUCACAGAGAUAUUAGUUGGGACUUGAAAAACCUUCCCCCAUCUCCACGGCCCCCUUUUCAGAAAUGGAUCUGGUUUCACGUUGAAUCACCAACAAAUACAAAUAAAAUUCCAGGCUUGGAAAACCUCUUCAAUUUGACAAUGAGCUACAGACGAGAUGCUGACAUCACUGUGCGAAAUGAGUUGCUGCUUGUGAAAUCAAAGUCACAAAGUGAUUUUAAGAUGCCUGACAAAAAUAAACUUGUUUGCUGGAUUGUGACUAACAAUGAUCCAAGGACUGGCACAGGUACAAGAGCAAGAUACUACCAAGAGCUCAUCAAACAUGUAAAGGUGAAUGUUUAUGGUGUUGCUUUCACAGGGGUUCAUUUGGGGUAUGACGAAUAUUACUCAACCAUUGCUAGCUGCAAAUUUUAUCUUGCAUUUGAGAACUCACUUCACAAAGACUACAUCACAGAGAAGGUGAAUGGACCUCUGCUAGUAGGUACUGUUCCAGUUGUACUAGGCCCACCCAGACAGAACUACGAGGAGUUUAUUCCUGCUGAUUCAUUCAUACAUGUCAAUGACUUUCCUGAUGUGAAGGGUCUUGCUGACUUCCUUAUCCACUUAGAUAAGAAUGAUGAGAUGUAUAUGCGUUACUUCCAAUGGAGGAGUUACCUCAAUGCAAAAGCUCACCUCCUAACUCCUCAUGAUGAGUUCAUCCCACCCAUUUGUUUAGCCUGUGAUUAUAUGCCAAGAGACAAACACUACAGUGUUGUUCCUGACCUGUAUGAGUGGUACUUUCAAUAACUGAAUAAUUACUGUUGUACAAAUGACAAAUUUGUUUGGGAUAACAUACUUUUCACAAUUUUUUAAAUUUAUUUAUUUAUUUCAAGACAGGGACAGCGCACAAUUAAACACCUGUAUUCCCUGGGCAGGUUAUGGAAUGGUACAUAUAAAAAUUAGUAUAGGAAAGAAAAUAAAUUUGAAAAGAAAAUAAAUUGCUUAGUAAAAUAACAGAACAAGGCCAAUAAUGAUAAAGAGACAAUAUAUAAAAUAGAUAAAUAAAAA